AUGGAUAUGCAGGCGUUGAUCACUGGCACGAACCUCAUCUUGCACCCUAACUUCAUGGCGCAGUACUCAGCAAUGGGCAUGAUUGGCCCCGACGGCAUCAGUCGCUCGUUUGAUGCAUCGGCGAAUGGAUACGGCCGAGGCGAAGGGAUUGCCUGUGUAGUGAUAAAACGUUUGGCAGAUGCCAUGAGAGACAGAGAUUGCAUUCGAGCCGUAAUCCGCGGCACUGCCGCCAACCAUGAUGGCAGAACGCCCAGCAUUACAAAACCAAGCCAAGAUGCUCAUGCAUUCCUGAUUCGCGAGACAUACCAGAAGGCUGGGUUGCCGUUGUCCGAGACCGCUUAUUUUGAGGCGCAUGGAACAGGGACACCACAAGGAGACCCAAUCGAGAUGCGAGCAAUCGCGCAGACCGUAGCCUCUGCCCGCAGAGAUAGCGAUGUCGGACCACUUUAUGUAGGUAGUGUUAAGCCUAAUGUCGGCCACACAGAGGGCGCUGCCGGGCUGGCAGGGGUUAUCAAGGUAGUCCUAUGUCUUGAAGCGGGGACUAUCCCCGCCGUCACUGGUCUGACGACGGUCAAUCCCGAGCUUCGAUUGACGGAAUGGAAUAUUGCACUCCCGCAAGAGAAUAUGGCAUGGCCGCAGGACAGAGUCCGCCGCGCCAGUGUGAAUUCGUUUGGCUUUGGUGGUGCCAACGCUCAUGCUAUACUCGAGGAUGCUAAGAGCUUCUUGCAAAUGCACCACAUGCCUGGCCUCGAUAUUACAGAUCCUCGUCAGUCUCUGGCGGACAUCCGGUCCGAGGAUGCUGAUGGAAACGAAAGGCUACGCCUCCUUGUGCUCUCAGCACAUGACCGGGCCGGCAUUCGCCGUGUCGCAGACUCUUAUGCAUCGUACUUCAUGAGAAACUCCCUGUCACAUAAAAGUGAGAGUACGGUGACUGACUCGUUGUGUCACAUUCUGGCGACACGAAGAAGUCACUUUGACUUCCGAAGCUAUGUUGUGGCCGGCACUGAGACGGAAUGGCUCGAACAACUGGGAAAGCCUCAGGAUCUAACAGUUCAGCGAGUCUCUGCUCAAAACAAAGUUGCCUUUGUCUUCACCGGCCAGGGAGCCCAGCGACCCGGCAUGGGCAAAGAGCUUCUUUGCCACUCCGCAUUUAGAGCAAGCCUGUGGAGGAGCCAAAAGGUCUUGGAUAUGUGUGGAGUUGAUUGGGAGAUCAUAAAUAUGCUACUAAGGGCAGACGCAGAGACACUGGCACGCCCAGAGCACGCGCAGCCAGUCUGCACUGCCCUCCAGAUUGCCCUUGUUGACCUGUUGUCAGACUGGGGAAUCCAGCCUGGUGCAGUUGUUGGACAUUCCUCUGGGGAGAUUGGGGCCGCCUACGCCGCAGGAAUCAUAUCAGCGGAUGAGGCCAUGUAUAUUGCUUUUCAUCGUGGAUAUCUUUCGGCAGCUGUCGCAUCUCGCAAUGGGGUAGAGGGGAGCAUGUUGGCAGCUGGUUUGUCAGAGUCAGAAGCGAACAGGCAUUUGGCCAACAUUGACUGUGCAGAUGAGGUAACAAUCGCCUGCAUUAAUAGCCCACGCAGUGUCACCUUUUCAGGCUCCAAGCCAUCGAUUGCCGCCCUACACGAUGUUCUAAGUCGGGAUGGCAAAUUUUCACGUAUCCUCCGCACUGGUGUCGCCUACCACUCUGCCUAUAUGGCGGUCAUUGCGCCAGAUCUGGACCACGCGCUGACUCGAUUACCGGAACGCACUCUGUCGGCCACAGUGCCCAUGUACUCCUCGGUAACGGAAGAAGCCGUUGGGAGUAGUGGCCUCAGCAGGGGAUACUGGGUAAAGAACAUGCUUCAGCCUGUACGCUUUGCAGGGGCGCUGCAGACCCUCCUUUCCUCUGGUACACAAUACAGCGCCAUCCUCGAGAUUGGCCCCACGAAGACACUACAGGGUCCGAUUCAACAGAUCCUGAGCAGCAUCGGCCCAAACAUUCCGACACAGCCGCCGUAUAGGUCGAUGCUGGUAGCUGGACAGCACGCCGGACGCGCAGCUCUUGAGGCAGCUGGUUUCCUUUGGGCAACUGGGCACGCUGUCGAUCUUGACCGUGUCAACGGGAUAUCGACGCAGGAUAUUACAUUAGCUACCCUUCCACACCUGCCAUCAUAUCCGUGGAACCAUGAGCAUCGCUUCUGGCAUGACACCUCAUCCAGUCGUCCGGUUCGGUUGCGCUCCCAGCCCCGAACUGACCUCCUCGGGGUGCCAGUCAACGGACAAAACAAGUUCGAGCCGAGGUGGCGCAACCUCCUCAGUAUCGCGGAGAACCCUUGGCUCGCGGACCACACCAUAACUGGCGUCUGCCUGUACCCAGCCGCUGGAUACCUGGUCAUGGCACUGGAGGCUGUUGUAAGCCAGGCUCCAACGCCGGCAGCCAUCCGGGCGGUCGAGUUUACCAACGUCACCUUCGAAACUGGCCUUGCUCUGCAAGACAGUGGUCCAGCGGUUGAUAUCUCGUUGACUCUUCUCCCUCAUACUGUCAUGGAUGGCGUGUACAGCUUUAGUAUCUACUCGGAGUCUCCAGACUCCACACGCAGGCUGGCCUAUGGCUCGGUUGCCACUGUAUGUCAUGUUGGAAACCUGCUGGAUCCGGUGGAGAUGGCGGCCCAGGAACAGGAAUGGGAGGCGGCACAGUCGGUACUGCGCGAGGCUCGUGAGAACACCACAGUUCAUAUAGAUCACCGCACAUUUUAUAAAAGCCUCGCUGCUCUAGGGUUGAACUAUGGGCCGACCUUUCGGGGCCUGGACCGCAUCACUGUCUCCAGGGAGUAUCGCACCGCUUGCAGUUCGCUCAAGAUUCCAGAUACUAAGUCAGUCAUGCCAGAGCAGUUUGAGUAUCCUCAUUUGCUGCAUCCUGCAACUCUCGACUGCGCCUUUCAGCUGUCCUUUGCUGCAUUACAGGCGCAAGAUGACUUACGACAGCCAUUCGUGCCAGCCUCUGUGGGUAGAAUUUUCAUCUCGACAGACUUACCAUCCGGUGCGGGGUCAUCUUUUAUAGGGACUUCGUCUGCGCGGCACGUCGAUGGGUCCGUAGUAGCAGACUCUCUUUUUACGGACGCAGACGCGAGCGCACCCAAGAUCGUUAUUGACUCCUUGGCUAUGACGAAUGUGGGAGACGGUUCCUCCGAGACGGCGGAGAUCCCAGCACGCACUGCUAAUCUCGUCUGGAAGGAAGAUGUCUCUUCGGUUAUAGGGUCUCAUGUGGGCAAUUCCCUGGAAUGGGUUGAUACGUGGCUUGAUUCCUUCAGGCAUAAGUACGCCGACGCCAACGUGCUGUUCGUCGCCGCUGCCGAACAUCUGACAUGUGUCGAGUCGUCUAACAUGGCUGGUCAGAUUACGCUACUCGAACCCUGCGAAGAUGGGCAGUUGAUUGAGUUCUCUCAUAGUCAGAGGCGUGCUCUGCCACAGCACGUCGUACAGCAAAAGUUAUCCGCCAGCGCCUCGUACGAUGCAGUUGUCGUGGACGCCAGGUUAUCUGAUCAAAUUUCCUGGCUUUCAGCGUCACUCUCAAGUAUUAUGAAGCCGUGCGGCCAUCUAGUAAUGUUCGGCCGCGGUGGUUGCGAUGAUUUAGCUGGCGAUACGUGGCUAGAGGAGCUGAUCAAGAACAAAGGUUUCUCCAUUUUGCAGAUGCCAAACUCGCAGCUCCAAGUCGCACUUGCGGCGCCAGGUCAAGAAUCUACUUUACAAGUUCCAUUUACUACGGAAACAGACAGCAUCACAAUCCUUGAGCGUGACACCACGGAUCAGACUCUUCAUCUGCGCCAGACAAUUGUCCAGCUAUUGAGUGCGGCUGGUAUCCAUAAUGUACGUGUCGUGCAUUGGGAUGAUCCUAUCGCCUCGUUUCACAACCAAUGUGUCGUCUCUCUGGUCGAGAAUAGCUGCCCCUUCUUCUACGAUGUGGAUGAUAAAGGCCUAACCCAUUUCCGGAACCUCAUUGCCAGCCGGCCACGUUAUCUGCUCUGGACCACAACAGGGAAUCUCUUAGCACCGGACGAAGCAGGCAUCCAAUAUGCACCGACAACAGGCUUUCUACGCACGGCACGCUCUGAAUAUCCGCUCGUGCCACUUCAGCACUUGGAUUUAUCGCACGAAGCAAGCCAGAUGCCGGGUACUGCUGCCGGUAUUAUUGUGAAUGUGCUCCUUGCAGCGCUCCAGGGUACUGUACAGGCCAUGGAAACCGAAGUUGCCGAGUCGGGUGGGAGGCUCUACAUUCCCCGUUUGGUAGCGAACAAGGCCAUGGAUAUAGAGAUUGGACGGGACGUGAAGCCGUCCGCAUGUCUGCCAGUGCCUCUAUCCAAUCUCCGCCAUCCGACACGACUACAAGUUAGCCCCGACGGAUCCGUGCACUGGGUAGCUGUCGAUCCCAACCAUAUGGAGGGGGACCUUACGGCAAACGAAGUCUUGAUUAAUACCCGAUACACUACAAUUUCUACCACAUUCCCAGGCCAAUCAAAGGAGAGGCCUCUUUUCUCGUCCUUGAUGGCAGUCGACACAGUAGGGAUUGUUGAAAAAAUAGGGCACGGCGUCACGGAGCUCUGUCCUGGAGACACUGUUCUCGUUCAGUCCGCUAAUAUCCAGAAUCGGUUCUGCGAGGAUGCACCUAAUGUUGUCAAAGUCCCCACUGACCUCUCGCCAGUCCAAGUAGCUUAUUGGAUAAAUCCCCUGGCUUGUGCCUACUAUUUGCUCACAGAGAUUGGCAACAUCUGGUCGUCUCCUCUUGCACAGUAUAAGUCGGUCAGCAGCAUGCGGCUUUAUGGACAAUAUACGCCACCCAGAUCGCCGCCACUCGGUGUACAUCAGAGGCUGCAAAGCAUUCUUAUUGACGUUGAGGGCCCCGCGCUGCGACAUGCCCUGGUGCAGAUGGCUCAGUGGCUGCUGCUGGAUAUUUUCGUGGUGAUCCCACCAGGCGACCCUCAACGCGAGGCUGCUUGGGCUACAAAGUGCACAGUUCUCGCCGAGGUGACACGCGCAAUAUCUGGGAUGAUCCGGAGAAGUAACCCGCGCAGCGGCGUUGAUAUGGUUCUUUCGUCUCUACAGAACUUGUCAUGUGUCCCUCACAUGCUGUCGAGCCUAACACAUAACGGCCACCUGGUCGCUGUCGAUAUGAACCCAGAAGCAGACGUGGCUUUAGGCCAUGUUAUGCCCCGAGGGUUUACCAAUUUCGCCUCCCUAUACACUACGCAUAUAGACCCUUCCAAUGUCAGAUAUUCCCAGAGGGCCGCUUUGCGUCUCCUCGCCAACGGGACGAUUGUGCUGCCGGAGCUGCCAACAAAUCCACCGGCAUGGCAGCAGCCUGUGUCACGCGUGGACAAAAUUUUCCAGAGGUCAUCUUCUUCUGCGAGUGCAAGUGGACGGAUUGUGUUCUCAUUCGAGCCGUCCCACUGCCUUUCCUUGCGAUUCUCCGUGCCUGCCCCCAUCCAGCUCGCGCCUGCAGGAACAUAUAUCCUCUCCGGGGGUCUCGGUGUGCUGGGGCAGCAGAUCGCACACUGGCUAUGCAAUGAUCAUGGCGCUCGCCAUCUAGUCUUCCUCUCCCGGUCGGGAGCCCUAACGCCUGGCCCCAGAGAGACACUUCGAGUCCUAUCGCAGCAGGGCUGUCGCUGCGACGUCGUUCGCUGCGACAUCACCUCCACCGAAGCGGUGCAGACAUUGGCAUCCACCGCCACCAUGAAAAAUUGGAGCAUUAAGGGUAUCAUUCAGGCUGCUAUGGUGCUUGCCGACUCUCCUAUGGUAACCAUGGAUAGUGCCAAAUGGGAAGCAGCUGCGGCACCGAAGAUUCGCGGCUCCUGGAAUUUGCACAAGUUCCUCGGCAACGAGAAUCUGGAUUUCUUCGUCUUAUUGUCGUCCGUCUCUGGAAUUAUUGGGAAUAGCGCACAGGCAAACUACAGUGCUGGGAAUACAUUUGAAGAUGCACUUGCAGCCUACCGAUGCCGUCUCGGCCUGCCAGCAGUCAGCUUGAACCUGGGCCUUGUCACUGACACAGUCUCGCCGGAUAGUACUAGUCCACAAUCAGGAGUUGACGCCACUGAGCUUCUUGCCAAAUUUCCCCAUCUUAGCCCAGUCAUGGUAAGCAAGUCUGAGGUGAGAAGCGCGCUGCGUGCUGCUUUGCGAGGACGAUCGUUGAACAACGCCCCACUGCCACAUCAGGUUGUCGUCGGUAUAUCAGAUGAAAUACGACUUGAAGACGGUGGAAGCACCAACCUAUCGACCUCAUGGCAGUCGGAUCCCAAAUUUAAUCAUCGGAUUUGUCGACGGCCUGGUGCCGCCACCACGACAACGACAUGCCAGACUCGAGUCAAUUACGCUCAGGCAAUCCGCGCAGCCAACAACACCGAGGCCGCCAGACUCGUCGUCGAGCAAGCACUCCGGCUUAAUAUUGCAAAUGCCAUUGCUUCAGAGAUCGAGAACAUAACAGUGGAAAAGCCCGUAACUGCCUACGGAGUUGACUCCCUUCGAGCGACCGAGCUGCGCAAUUGGGCUUCUAAGCACUUUGACAGCCAGGUAUCUAUAUUCGACAUACUACGCCCUGAGCCGAUAUCCAGCCUGGCGUCGGUCAUCUUGAGCAAAUCCCCCUUUAGGGGAUCCGGUGUAGGGACUCCAGAGAAAGAGGUCGGAAACAGUGGAGACUAG